AUGGCUCCUUUCGACGAGCAUCGCAACAAGAAGCGCAAGCUCGGGCGAUACGGCGAUGGCGCUGAUACGAGCGAGGAGAUCAAGUCUUUUAAGCCUUCGACACGAUUUACCCCCACUGUCCCCAGAGACUGGACAGUUUCCAUCGCAGUUCCGAGCAGCAUCAUCACCGAAGCCUCUAGGGAUGAGCAGCGCAUUGGCGCCCCGUCGCGGAUAGCGCGAGCCCUGGCCGUCUUUGGGAUGGACGAGAUCGUGGUCUUUGACGACAGCCCAACGGAUUCGCGCCCGCCGGCUGUCGACACGGACGCCUACACCGGCGACGUCGACCCGUGCCACUACAUAUGGCACCUCCUGACCUAUCUCGAAUGCCCUCCUUUCAUGCGCAAGACCCUCUUUCCUCUGCAUCCGAAUCUGAAGUUGCAGGGGUUGUUGCCCAACCUAGACAUGCCCUCGCAUCCACAUAGGGACGAGUGGCUUCCGUAUAUGGAGGCCAUGACGCUUCCGGGCAAGCCAGAUGGCGGUAAUGGAACACUUGUGGAUAUUGGGAUGAGGAAACCCAUCACCAUAUCCGAGUCAAUACCACCAAAGACUCGCCUUACGCUCCACUUCCCGAACCAGUCCUACGAAGGUGCACAAGCUGUCGACCCGACCGCCCCACGGACAGAUGCGGGCUACGCCUGGGGCUUCAACGUCCGCCGCUGCGCCUCUCUCUCGGACGUCCUAACCGAGUGCCCCUACGAGGGUGGCUACGACUUGAGCAUCGGCACCUCGGAGCGCGGCGAGAACUCGGCUUCUGUCUUCCCGUACUCCAGCGCACCGCCGGACUUCAAGCACCUCCUGAUUGUGUUUGGUGGGCCCCGCGGUCUUGAGUACGCCGCAAUGAAUGACCCGCAGCUGUCCGAGAUUGGAAUUGGGGCUGGUCGUGUCCGCGAGGUGUUUGAUCACUGGAUAAACGUCCUCCCGGACCAGGGCAGCAGGGCUAUCAAGACUGACGAAGCCGUAUAUAUUGCGCUUACUGAAUCACGCCGCCGGGACCAGCCGUUGGGUCGGGCGCACGGGCAUCAGAGGGGACAAUGGGAUGGGUCCUGGCCCUUGGCACCUGGUGGGCUGUGUCGCCUGCAAGGCCAGCAGUCCCCGCAGAACAUGCCCACAACGAUACAGGGGGGUGAGCACCAAGGUGCCAAAGGUGGUGCCUGCCACAUCGUCGAAGAUCUUGGGCGGUGGUUUGGCGAUUCGAUCGAGAGAUGCCUCGGGCCGACAAGCUCGAGGGCAUCACGACGUUCUGCUUCUUCCUUGCUGUCAAGCCUGGUGCUGUUUUUGUGCCACCCGCCCACACCAAUCACGUUCCUCGCCCAACCCCUGGCGCGGUGGUUCUGCUUACCACUUGGCAAGCUGGGCCUUGAUCUCCUCCCAAGCAAAUGCGCCGAGCCGGGUAGUGUCGCCCGUUUGGGGAAGGGCUGA